AUGUUUAACUUCGACGGAUCAACCAAGAGGCGGAAUGUAAACCUUAGUGGGAGAAGGAAUAAUCUUGAAAGCAGAGAGCAACUGCUUCAUAGAGCCGAAUUGGAGAGGAAUAGACGGAAGGAGGCCAAAUUGCAAGAUAAGAGUGUGAGGAUAAUUCAGAGUUAUAUCCGUACUUUCUUAUUACGAAGUCAUAUCAGCUUAGAAUUUGAAAAGAUAUGGCUGCAUUGUGGGAGCGACGUUACAGCCUUGAAUAUGUUUGCAUUUUUCUGUCCGAACCUGGUUUUGAAACGGGAUGAGGCAUGGUUACAGGUCCAACUGGAUCACGUUAGUAAGCUUCUGUUGUCCUCGCAUGGCUCUAUUUCUUUUCUUCUCAGGAAUGCACUGGUGGAAGUAUUGUUCAAGACUUCCAAACAGGGAAGAUCACCUCUUCCUAUGCUGAAACUAGUGAACUCCUUAUCACAUGAGUUUGCCAUUGAGUGGAUUCAAAGAAAAGAUUUGAUGGAAAAGUUGGUCGACAGACUUGGAGAAAAUGAAGAGUUGGAUUUGCAAGUAUUAAAAUUCACUUUCAACUUCAGACACAACGAUAUGGAAACGUUCGCAAUGGCAUUCAUCAACAUAGUUCAAAAAGCUAACUUGAAUGAUGAGGCAAAGCAACUCAUCAGGGAGCAGUUCUCUCGUCCCAGCUCAUUCUACCUUCAGCUUCCAAAUUCAUUGUUCUUCCUGUACCUGCUAUCGGUCAUCACAAUAUGGAAGAAGUAUGGUGGGGUUGAGAAUCUUGAUAUCUUCUUGGCGCAGGAACUCUCAAGUGCAGUAGAGAAAAUGCAAGAACUGAAAUUUUGCUUUGAAAAUGAGUUAUCUCAAGAUCUCUCACUGAAUAGGGAUGCUGACCUUGAUGGUAGAAAAAAAUUGAUCAUAACUACUGGUUCCAAAGAAGCUUUACUGUAUCUUUACUCCCCAGACUACCAGACCAAGAUUUCCAAUUUGCCUAAUGUGUCGACUGAAUUUCUCUCUAACUUUUACUACUCGUUACUGGUGCCUAUAGAUACAGGAAGUCCACAGAAUGAAGAAAUUUUAAAUUCAUUAUUGAUAUCUGUCGUUGUUAACGGACUACCCCAUGGAAUUCUCCACUAUUGGUUACAGCAAAUAGUUUCUAGCGAUAUCUUCCGCAUGGAAGAUGGAAAUUGGGAACUGAACAAGCCAAUUCUGACUGGCUGUUCCGUUGAACUAUGGCAGACUCUGCAUAUAUUUCUUGAUGUUUACUUUUAUGUUCUCAACAUGUCUAGUGACAGUGUUAUCUUUGACCAGGACCGAGGGAGGCUACCAAGGGAUGAAUUUUUAAAGGUUGUUUCUUUUUUGAAAGGUCUUUGCAUAACGCUGGUUCUCAAAGACAAGGAGCUAAAACCGAGUUUGCCGUCUAGUACCAGGGUAAUGUACGACAAGACACUGGUAGUAGCUCUGAAGCUACUGCAUCAAAUUUAUCUCAGAAAUUUGAGAUUAUCUUUUGUUUCUGAAGAAUAUUGGCUGUGUGAUCUUAGUCUUUCCAUUGAGCAAAUUGUUCCUGUAUUAUAUGAACGAGAUAUAUCCAUAUCGAACAAUGCCGAUUUCGACUUGGAUCCAGACACUAGUGAACAUUUGAAUUUAGAAUCAGAUUUUUCUCAGCUUUACGGACUAAACUCAACUCGUUACAUGAAACUUCCGUCUAGUGUUUUAGCAGCUUUGAAAGUUCUGAAGUUUCUUCCCUUCAUGUUCUCGUUUACAACUAGAGCCACAAUAUUGCAUCAGCUGAUAAGACAAUCUCAGGAAAUACGAGACACAUAUGGUGGAAUGAAUCGUAUUCAGGGUACAAUCUCAAGAGAUAACAUCAUAGAGGAUGGAUUUGCCCUUCUUUCAAAAUUAACUGGAGAGCAGCUAAAGAAUUAUUUAGGUAUUCAGUUUACCAACCAAUUUGGAGCAGAGGCAGGAAUAGACGGAGGGGGGCUUACGAAAGAGUUUCUAACUGAAACAGUCAAAAAGGGAUUUGCUACAACAAAUGAGUCAGGAGUGGAAGAUCUGAUGCUUUUUAAGCACAGUCCUAGAAAUGAGAUUUAUCCGAACCCUGCACUUUACUUGAAAAGAACUAAGGGAGUAGAUGUUCACAAAGAUCUAGAAAUGAUUCGUUAUUUGGGUUCAAUCGUUGGAAAGUGUUUAUACGAAAAGAUUUUAGUUGACUUGCCGUUUUCGCCUUUUUUCUUAACCAGAUGGUCGGUUAAUCAACCAUACAAGACAAUGUUUGAUGACCUGAAAUAUUAUGACGAAGAUCUAUUUCGCAAUUUGAACAAAUUGCUUUCAUUAAACUCAGAUCAGGUCGAUGCAUUGGAGCUGAAUUUCACUCUAACUGAGAGAUUUUAUUACAAUGGAGCAUUUAAAACAACUACAAUCAUGCUUCUACCUAACGGUGCUAAUAUACCAGUGACCACUGCGAACAGGUUACAGUACGUAUUCGCAGUGUCCAACUUCAAGCUAUACACAUCACUAAGGUUGCAGACUGACUAUUUUCUUCAAGGUCUGUUCAAGGUGAUUCCCUCGCAAUGGCUGGAAGUUUUCAAUCCAAUGGAGCUGCAAAUCUUAGUGUCAGGGAGAGAUAGAGGAAUAGACAUUUCAGAUUUGAGAAAGAAUACUGUCUUUUCAGAGUAUACCGAGAAUGACCAGACUAUCAUUGAUUUGUUCGAUAUUUUAGAGCACGAUUUUUCUAACGAGGAACGUUCAAAGUUCAUCAGAUUCGUUACCUCCAGUUCGAAAGCACCUCUGCUGGGCUUUUCACAACUGAACCCAAAGUUUGGCGUAAGAAAUAUAGGCCCUUUUUCUGACAGACUUCCUUCCGCGUUUACCUGUUUUAAUCAGCUUAAGCUUCCCGAUUACGGAAACAGAAAAGUCCUCAAAGAAAAGCUACUUUACGCAAUCAGCUCCGAAUCAGGAUUCGAUCUUAGUUAG